AUGCCAACAGAAGACCAUGAUUCCAGUAGUAUGAAAGAGUCGUCGUCGUCGACACCUGUCAACAACAACACCACCCCUUCCUCGCCCCUUGACUACUUGCGUCAAGGGGAAGCCUAUUCACAACGAGGUUUCCAGCGUAUGGCUAUCAACGUCUUCAAUGAAGGAUUAUCCACACUAUCAUCACCAUCCGAUCCAUAUUAUGCACAACUUGAACGCGCCAAACACGAUGCCGAGGAACGCGACAACAAACGUAUCGACUUUAUCAGCAUGUUGCCCAUGGAUAUCGUGAUGCAUAUUGCCCCGCAACUGAUUCACGAAGGUUGCCCAUUGAGAGACAACAGGUUCACCAAGCAUCAUGCGCCUUUGUUUGUAUCCAAGAUAUGGCGUCAGCGGUUCCUGGAAGCAGGCUAUGUGCAUGUUCAGGUCGAAGACGUAUAUGACUGGACGCCCACUUUCCUUUCAAACCUGAUACAAUUGGCACCUUUCAUCAAUUCAAUCAUGUUGACAUUAAGGGGAAUACCUUUUCAAGGUCUCUGGUCCAUAGGUGUAACAUUCCCAUCAUUGAAAAAGUUGUCGGUCACUCUUUUUCCUAACGAUAUGAAUGAUCCUGCACCUUUUGAACCUGAAGAGAUCAUGAAAGGAUUACGCAUGGUUGGAGAUACAUUGACGCAUCUCAAGAUACAUUAUCAGAGCCCCACCACUUCAACAACUACAAUCUGCUUACAAUCGGUUUUGGAUACAUGCCCUCAUCUCACAGCAUUGAACAUCAUGCGUGUGGAUCCUGAUUUAUCUGCUGGUUCAGCUACUACCACAUUCCCUCGCCUUACGAUGUUGCAACUCGACAUGUUGGAUGAGACACCUGUCAGCAAUGAGGUGGUGACACGGCUAUUGAGCAAGUUGCCUUGUUUGGAAAGCUUCUGGAUGAAUCGUUGCAGUGACAAGAUGGUAUUGGCUACGUUCUUGGAUCAUUGUCCCUCCUUGCGAUAUGUGGGCUUUGGUGCGCUUAGUCCUGAUGAUGAUGAUGACUCUUAUCUCAAAGAUAAGAAUACCUGGGCUCGAUUUGCAAGACGCUAUGGAAACCUUUCUCCUGGCAAGAUGAAGCUUGAACUUGAAAAUAUGCCCGAGGAUCCAUUUUCAGCUGCAGAUUUGGUGACGAUCCUGAAGCAUUAUAGCCCUGUACUUGAGGCAUUGACCAUUGAAGCCCAAAUAGAGGAUGCGCCCCAACGAGCGAAUGCAUAUUUGCGAUUGGACCAUGUCAAGCAACUGGUGGUGAUUUUUCCCGAUCCAAUGGAGGUGGAUGAUGAUAUGGGACCCAUUUUACGAUUACCAGGAUUUAUCUUGCGUCAUACACCCAAUGUGGAACGAGUGGCUAUACGACAAACACAAGCAGAUGCCACUACAAUGCAAAUCAUGACCCAGCUCUCUCAUUUGAAAGACGUGCAAUUGGUGGUGGAUUAUGCGGAUGAAGAUCAGGUGGCACCUUCCAUUUUUACCUUUUUGGAUCAUCACAAAUCGUUGGGCACAGAAUCGACUUUGGAAAAGCUUGACAUCCAUGCCACGUCAACUGCAACGAGAUCAGCACCUUUGUUUGGAAUCGAACGUUUGAGUAACCUCCGCGAGUUGCAUGUUCGAGCUGAUUUCCCAUUGACAGUAUCCCAAAUAUCAGCGAAAGCUUUGAAAAAGGCGGCAGAAACGUGUCCUCAAUUGACAACCUUAUCCCUACAUGCUGACGAGGUGAUUUCGGAUAAAGUCCUGUACUCCCUAUGCCAGUUUAAGAACCUCAAAGAGUUACAUGUGACAGCAGAGAAAAUAUCAGCAGCAGGUGCAUUGAGUUGCUUGGCAUGCCGUAAGCUAGAAGUGCUAGAAAUUUCUUGUCUGAAUGAUAUUCGUGUUGUAUUUCCUGUGUUAAGGACUGGAAUUCCUAAGGUUUAUUCAACAGUGCAUGAUUAA